AUGAAUUCUUUGACGUAUUUGCCGGUCCAAAUGACACAACCGAAAACAUUGGUUACCGUAGGCCAGCCAUCCAGCAUCGACGACAGCGAGGUUCUCGACGAGAUUAACUUGAAUACCAGCAGCGAGGAUUCAUAUCGGGGAGGCGGAGAUCAGAACGCCAAUCCUCUGUUGGAGCCACCAACCCAAGAAGCUGGCAACGAUUCGCUGCUGAGCCAGGCGGCCUCCUCCUUUACGGCCCUGCCAUCGGUGGCCUCCAAUGUGUUUUCCACCUUCUCGAAGCGAAUCUACGCUGGGAGCAGGGAGUCCUCGGAGGAGCCCAAGUUGGAAAUUCAGCCCUCAUACAUUCAGCAGGCCAGCUUCGUUCAGCCAGUAGCUCCUCCGGUAGCUGCUCCCUUUUACGCAGCUCCACCGGUGGCGGCGAAUGAACCACCAGUGGCCCUUGAACCACCCAAGUUCUACGCACCCACUGAGAUUCCGGCAGCGAACGCAGGAGUUCCUGGUCCUCCACCGCCAGCAGCGGGAAAUUCCAACACUUAUCGAUUCACCGCCAGAAAGAAGCUAUACGCUCCCAUUCCGGGAUUCUCUGAUCAAUCCGGUCAGGCUGCUCAGUUACCGCAGGCUCCACAAGCGGUUCCAUCGUUCCAGACGCCACCGUAUCCACCAGCCAACCCAGCUACCUUUGACAUAUCAGCCCAGCCAGCUCAGCCAGUUCCCGCAGAGGAGCGCAAAUCGGGCGGAGGGCUCUUCUCUUUGACUAGUCUUGUGCCCACGGGAGUUCUGCAAAACAUCUCGGGACUCGUGCAAUCCGCCACUGGAAGAAGCAGUGAGUCAGCGAAUCCCAAUCUUCAGCAAACAGGAGGCUAUUUCGACGUUUCAACAGGAGCAACCAACUUAUUUGGGGGUCCAAGUGCAGCUCCACCAUCGGGAAGUAACUAUUUCGCUCCUGUUCCCGCUCCAUCUUUACCCUCAACCGAGGUAAAUUACUUUACGCCACCAGUUUCUGGACCACCACCAGUUGGCGAGGGAAUAUUCCAGCCGGUAGCUGCGCCCCCAACUGUAGGAGGAUUCUUUAAUCCUGCGCCGACAUCAAUAAACCCAGGAGCAGGAGUAACACCUUCAGUUUUUACGCCAGGAGCAGCUCCACCUGUUGCUACGCAAGCGGUUCCUUCGGCACCUGUAAUCACAUCGGCAAAUCUGCCGCCAACAUCUUCUGUAGGAGGUUUCUUUACUCCAGGAGUUCCACCCACAGUUCCUCCGACUUUCACUCCAGGAGCAGUUCCUCCUGUUGCCGCACAAGCGGUUCCAAUAACACCUGUACCGACAACAGCAGUACCACCUGCAAAUCUUCCUCCAACAUCCUCUAUUGGAGGAUUCUUUAAUCCAGGAGAAGCUCCAUCAAUACCUUUAGCCACAUCAGCUGCUCCACCAACAGGAUUCUUUCCUCCAGCAGCCUUUCCACCAGCUGCUAUUACUCCCAAUUCCUUGCCAGGAGCUCCGCCAGUGGCAGCUGCACCACCGCCAGCCGCUGGACAAGCAUCAUAUCGCCUGCAAAAGGGCACUCGUCUCUACAAGAGCCCGUUGACGGCACAGGAAACAGCAGCCUCUUCCGGAUUUGCCGCCCCUUUGCCUCCCACUUCUGUGACGCCGGCAAUUUUUAACCCAUUUGGAGCACCCGUUUCAGGAGCGGAACAGCCAGAGAGUCAAGGCAACCAAGGAGUUCCCCCCAUAAACAAAAUAUCUGAAAACGUUCCAGGAUUCACUGCUCCACCGCCAGCUGUCACUCCGAUUGUUGCUCCUCCUCCAGUAGCAGAUUCAAUUGCAAGUGUUGCUCCUCCACCAGCAGCAUCUAUUGCCAAUUUUGCUCCUCCGCCAGCAGCAUCUAUUGCCAAUUUUGCUUCUCCACCAGCAGCAUCUGUUGGAAUCUUUGAUCCAAUAGGCCAAAUACCUGAAAACAGUCCCGGAUUAACAGCUCCUCCUUCAGUGGCAGGUUCAAUUGCAAGUGUUGCUCCUCCACCAGCAGCAUCUAUUGGAAUCUUUGAUCCAAGAGCCCAAUCAGCUGAAAGCGGUACAGGAUUCACAGCUCCACCGCCAGUGGUGACUUCAGUUGUUGGUCCUCCACCACCAACAGGUUUAAUUGCAAGUGCUGCUCCUCCACCAGCAGCAUCUAUUGGAAUUUUUGGACCAACAGGUCAUAUACCUGAAAACAGACCAGGAUUCACUGCUCCACCGCCAGCCGUCGCUACGAUUUUUGCUCCUCCACCAGCAGGUUCAAUUGCGAGUGUUGCUCCUCCACCAGCAGCAUCUAUUGGUAAUCCUCCUCCAGCAGUUGGAAUUGCAAGAGUACCGCUUUUUGCCGCACCAACCACAUCCACCUCGGCCAUUCCUUUCUUCAAUCCACAACCGACAGACGCAGAAGUACCAACUGCUGUGAUCCAAAGGGAAGAUCCAGCUGCACCUUCGACAGUUUUGGAAACACUCGUCCAAGGACCUGCUUCAAAUCAAGGCAAUCCCUUGGUUAGUUCCUUCUUUGUUCCCCAACAGUCAUCGGAAACUCUGUUCACUUCUUCUGGAAGUGCAAAUCCCCCUGCGAUCCCAGGAUUACCAUUCUUUGCACCACCGCCUGCAGAGACAGCGGGAAUAAAUCUUUUUACACCACAGUCCAACCAGGAGGAAGUAUCAACAAAGGAGGAACCUAAGGAGACCCAGAAUCAAGACGAAUCUUUAUCUGCUCCCCCAGAAAUCACUCAAAGCGAAGUUCCAUUUCUUAGUCCACCUGUUAUUGAACCCGUUGUAGAAGAUACUCCAACGAUUAACUCUUCAAGUGAACUUGAUCAAGGAGCUUUAACUUCUACGGCUCCAACUGCACCAGAGGAACCAGAGGUUCCCUUAUUUGUGCCAGUUCCUGGUUUAUCGGGACAAACUCAGGGUGUUCCAUUGUAUCCUCCGCAACCUGCUGCUGAUCCUGUAACAUCAUCUGUAUCGUCGUUCUUUUCCCCUGCUCAAGAGGAAUCUACCACUGCAUUAUUCACACCGGCUCCACCAACGACUUCUACUUUGUUUGCUCCCCUACCAACAGCCCAAUCUUUACCAGAACUGCUUCCAGCUGCAUCCGCUGAGUUAGUAGAUGCUCCACCCGCCUUCCUUGGAACUCCAGAGGCCAGCAUCACAGCCAAUCUAUUCCAGAGCAACACUGAAACACAAACCGUCUUUAGUCCAUUUGCGCAAACUAAAGCUACACCUUUGAUUCAGGAAUCUGGAGCGGAAUUGGUUCCACCUCCAAUUGGAUUCUUUGCACAGCAGCCGGAGGCCGAAGCCCUCAACCAUCCACCACUUGCUCCCUCGCCCCUGCAGAGCUUCUUCAAUCCGGCACCUGGAGCAGCGCCUUCCUCAGACUUUAACUUCUUUGCGAAUCCUGCACCAGGCAGCGUUUUUCCAGAUCUGCCAGUUCAGCAGGGAAUUGCACCGCCACCCUUGGAAAAAGAGCCACCUGUGGAAGCGGGUGAUUCGAAUAUUGCUCCAGCUCCUCUCGGUUUCGACUUGCUGAGCCAAUCCCAGCAAGCGCAGGACCAAGCACCGAGUUCGAUCGAAAACUCGUAUCCAAAUUCAAGUGUCAACUCUUUCAGCGGCUUUUUUGGCGCCCCAGGGAUUCCUCCGCCGGCUGCUAUCAUCCCACCUGAGCCAGUUGCUCCAGUGGCUCCAGUAGUAAACUGCGAUCCAGUCAACUUCUUUGACCAGGUGCCCCAGCCGCAGUCGCAAAUCCAACAAGCCAACGAGGAUCAGCGCAUACAGAACUUCUUCAAUAAUCCCCCCUUGCAGGAUCAACCUGCUGCACCGGGUGAACUCAAGUACGACAUUGUGCACAGUGGAGUGGCUGUGAAGCAGCUGCAGGAGCGUUCGCAAACGCCCGUUUCCAAUCUUGUCGAGCCGCCCUCCUCCGCCUGCUCCGAGUUCUCCACCCUUGCUCCUGCGGCUCCAUCGCAAGCCGAUCGGCAAUCAGGCGAGGAUCUGCUGCAACAGCACCUGGGCGAGCUGCCCGACGAGAUCCUCAGAGAACUCAGAAUGGCCACUUCCGGCAACGAAAAGGCCCAGGUGGCGACACCUCCCGUGGCCAUAUCCUACUCACCAGUGGUGGUCCAUUGGUUCUACAAGCGCAGCGUGGACACCAAGUUCAUCUGGACACCGUUCAGCCACUAUGAUUCGGCCUUGUUGGAAACUAGCCUUAAUCUUGACGAUUCCUCAUUGAUUAUCCCCGUCGAGGGUGGACGCUACGAUGUGAACAUCAAGGAGCGUACCAAGACGCCCGUUUACUGGGAGGGCAAGGCCAUCGAAGUGCGUCGCUGCUCCUGGUUCUACAAGGGAGUGGACUCCAAGUACGUGCCCUACACCGAGGACACGGCCGCCCUGCUGGAGGCGGAAUACAAGCGAUCCGCGGAGACGGGCGAGUGGCACCAGAAGAUCCUGUUGGCCAACGGCGAACAGGUGGUCUUUCACGGACCCACCGUCAUCGUGCACUUCCUGCCGCAACAGAAUGCCGACACCUGGGGUGCCAGCACCCAGGGCUCCAUGCGACCACGGGUGGUCAAGAGGGAUCUGGACGAUUUUACCAUCGAACAGGGCGAGUCACAGCGAGUGGAUCACCUGCUUUUCAUGGUCCACGGCAUUGGAUCUGCGUGCGAUUUGAAAAUGCGUUCGGUGGAGGAAGUUGUUGAUGACUUCCGGGUUAUUGCCCAGCAAUUGGUGCAGUCCCACUACAAAAACUCCACCGACAUGGGCCUCGUGGGUCGCGUUGAGGUCUUGCCCAUUUCCUGGCACGGCCACCUGCACUCCGAGGAACUGGGCAUCGACGAGAAGCUCAAGUCCAUCACUCUGGAGUCGAUUCCACGCCUGCGCAACUUCACCAACGACACGCUGCUCGACGUGCUCUUCUACACCAGUCCCAAGUACUGCCAGAAGAUCAUGAACACGGUGGCGGAUGCGCUUAACGACGUCUACCUGAAGUACCGAAUGCGACAUCCCGAAUUCAAUGGAGGAGUCUCGUUGGCAGGACACAGCCUGGGCUCCCUGAUCCUCUUCGAUCUGCUGUGCCAUCAGGAGCCACUCAAGGAGAGCGAGGAGGAGAAUAAAGAGAAUCCCGAUCAACUGCCCCAGAAGCAGGCGUGUCAAAAGGUUCAGCUACCCACCAGCGAUCUUCUGCCCAAACAAGUCAGCUAUGCGAUGGGCCCGGAGGGCACUGGACAGCCUGUCAUCACCUACACACAGCUCAUAUUCCACCCGAAGAAGUUCUUCGCUCUGGGGUCGCCCAUCGGAAUGUUUGUGACCAUUCGGGGCAUCGAUAAGCUUGGCCUCGACUUCCACCUGCCCACAUGUCCGGGAUUCUACAACAUAUUCCAUCCCUUCGAUCCGGUGGCCUAUCGCAUUGAGGCGCUUGUGAAUCCGGACAUGAAUGGCAUUCGGCCGGUGCUGAUUCCCCACCACAAGGGACGCAAGCGGAUGCACCUCGAGCUAAAGGAAACGAUGACACGCGUGGGUGCGGAUAUCAAGCAGCGGUUCAUGGACACAUUCAAGACCACGCUGGAUAGCGUAAACUUCCUGGCCACGGUGACGAAGGUGAAGAAGGAAGCCGAGGAAUCGCUGGAGAAGGAGACGGCAAGUCAGACUUCUUCGCAGGCCCUGCAAAAACAGAACGAAGAUCAGGACGAGAGCUCGGUGGCCAGCUCAUCGUGUAAGCUGCGAAAUCGUACCGAUUCCAAUUCGACCACGGCCUCCGAUCCUGAGUUUAUAGAACUUGAUUUCCCCCUGGGAAAGCUGAACGACUCGAAGCGAGUGGACUACGUGCUCCAGGAGGCGCCGCUGGAGUUCAUCAACGAAUAUAUUUUCGCCCUGAGCAGCCAUGUGUGUUACUGGGGCUCUGAAGAUACGAUUCUGUUCGUGAUGAAGGAGAUUUACGCCAGCCUGGGAAUCAGCACCGACAGCCAGGUGCCGCAGUCCUCGAUGACCAUCGAGCGACCCGUUUCCCACGAGAGCAGUGUCAGCCAGUCGCUGUUGCCGAUGUGAGUCCACCGAACCACACGAGAGCACUGUUGGAUCCGCCGAUCCCCCGACAAACACACACCAUAACUAUAUAUAUAUUUAGUACCAAUUUAUUUAGAUAUGUUAUUUGUUAGCCGAAUCAUACAAAGAAUUUUCCAUUUGUGCAACUCUAACGUGGUUAAUGGUAUUAUCAAAGUAAGAAGUCUUUAUCGUUUGAGUGACUAAUCCGAAAUCGAGUUCUCGAGCUUUACAAAUUUACCGAUUGUAUUUACCGGAUUGGGCACCGCAGAGAGUGCUGUUUGUUAUUUUUGUAAUAUCGCCUGUGUAAUUGACUUUGUAACAUUUAUGCUAAACGAAAUGUCUAAAAAUUUUUAAAUAAAUAACCAUUGUUUUCAAA